UACGAUGCCCCGAAUAUAGGCCGAACGCAUGCGUAAUACGUAGAGAGGCGACUGCUUCUCUUCUUCUUAUCUUUGCAGAGAUGUCUGAGUCUUACGAUUAUCUAUUCAAGUUUCUAGUUAUUGGCAGCUCCGGAGUUGGCAAGUCGUGUAUUCUACAUCAUUUUGUUGAGGGCAGAUUUAAACAGGAAAAUUCUCAAACAAUUGGCGUUGAGUUUGGAUCUAAGUUAGUGAACGCGGCUGGAAAGACGGUGAAACUGCAAAUCUGGGAUACAGCUGGACAGGAGAGAUUUCGUUCUGUGACAAGAAGCUACUACAGAGGGGCAGCUGGAGCUCUCUUAGUUUAUGAUAUCGCGAGCCGUGAGACGUAUAAUGCACUUACGAAUUGGUUGACUGAUGCUCGCACACUCGCUAGUCCGAAUAUUGUUAUUAUCCUUAUUGGUAACAAGAAGGACUUAGAAGCUGAUCGAGAGGUUACGUUUCUUGAGGCAAGUCGGUUUGCCCAGGAAAAUGAACUUAUGUUUCUGGAAACUAGUGCAUUGACAGGAGAAAAUGUGGAAGAGUCAUUUCUCAAAUGUGCUCGUUCAAUAUUGUCAAAAAUUGAUGGAGGUGAAUUGGAUCCUGAGAGAAUGGGUUCAGGUAUUCAAUAUGGGGACAGCACACUGAAGAGGCUUCAUCAGCGACAACCACAGGGAGACUCAUGCAAAUGCUGAGAUACAUGAGCAUAUGAGUGUAAUUUACAUUGCAGAAUGUGCCUUGAUAAGCAAUGGAUUGUGAAUUCUUUCUCAUGUUCAGCUAUUGAUUGUUUAGUUAGUCACUGUGUUCAUAAUAAAGAAAUAAAACCAUACAACAAAA